GAAAUCACAAAAGCAUCAUAAGAAGAAGAAGAAACUACAAUAGUUAAUCAAUCAAAGAGAAGUAAGAGAAAUGGCAGAUUCUAACUGUGGAUGUGGCUCCUCCUGCAAAUGUGGUGACUCUUGCAGUUGCGAGAAGAACUACAACAAGGAGUGCGACAACUGUAGCUGUGGAUCAAACUGCAGCUGUGGGUCAAACUGUAACUGUUGAUGAAAUUAUUAUGGUCUAAAAUCAUAUAUAUGGCAGAAAAAUUGGGGAAAAUAUGUGUUUUAUGCUAAGAGAUGUGUGUGUGUUGUUGGAAUAAAGACGUGACCGUUGUGUUGCGUAUCAACUCUCUUAAGCUUUGACUUUUCCCAGCUUUGUAUUUUCCUAUGUAUGGUAAUGGUGUGAUUGUGUAAUGUUUUCAUAUGUAACGUAAAAAAAAUAUUUAUGUGACAUUGACUUUUGUGACUACUAAGAUUUGUAUAUGUCUCCUCCGUUUUUUAUUUAGGAUUUAAGUUCAAUCAGCUAAAUUAAUCAUAAACAAUUUAAGUAAAUAUUCAUAUGAGAAGAAGUCAACCAUAUUCUUAUCGGGCCUUAUAUGUUAAUGUUAAAAGGUUACGGGCCAGUAAGGUCCCAAAAAAGAAGAAGAGAUGAGAUCCAUUAUUGCUCUCAUGAGGCAACGAGAAUAUUUCGUUCAGGCAAUUCGUCGAACAACUUGCGUGGCCUCACCUGCGUUGAAUCAAACUAACUUCCAAGCUUCGAGCUUUCUCACUACCCUAAUAUCUUCGAAGAAAUCUCCGGAAGAGACAUGUAUCGGAUCGGAGGAAGAAGAAGAGGAGCCCAACAAGUGUUUGUCUUUGAGAAUCGAGAAGCUUCCGAAGGGCGUAACUGUUGGGUCUGCUUUACAGAGCUGGAUGGGUGAUGGGUUUCCAGUUCAUGGUGGAGAUGUUUAUCACGCCAUUAAUCGAUUGAGGAAACUCGGACGAAACAAACGUGCCCUUGAGUUGAUGGAGUGGAUAAUCAGGGAAAGACCUUACCGUCUUGGUGAGCUAGAGUACUCUUACUUGCUCGAAUUUACAGUCAAACUUCAUGGCGUCUCGCAAGGAGAAAAGCUAUUUACCCGUGUCCCUCAAGAGUUUCAGAACGAGCUUCUUUACAACAACCUUGUGAUUGCUUGUUUAGACCAAGGUGUCAUAAGGCUUGCGCUAGAGUAUAUGAAGAAGAUGAGAGAACUCGGUUACCGUACUUCCCAUUUGGUCUACAACCGUCUUAUAAUUCGCAACUCUGCUCCCGGACGAAGAAAGCUAAUAGCAAAAGACCUUGCGCUCAUGAAAGCUGACAAGGCGACUCCUCAUGUCUCAACGUAUCAUAUCUUGAUGAAGCUUGAGGCUAAUGAACAUAACAUCGAUGGGGUGCUGAAGGCUUUUGAUGGUAUGAAGAAAGCGGGAGUUGAGCCAAAUGAGGUGUCUUACUGUAUAUUGGCUAUGGCACAUGCUGUUGCGAGAUUGUAUACAGUUGCAGAAGCCUAUACCGAGGAAAUAGAAAAAUCUAUCACAGGGGAUAAUUGGUCGACCUUGGAUAUAUUGAUGAUUCUAUAUGGGCGUUUAGGGAAAGAAAAAGAGCUAGCGAGAACGUGGAAUGUCAUAAGAGGGUUUCAUCAUGUUAGAUCCAAGAGUUACUUACUGGCAACCGAAGCGUUUGCUCGAGUAGGGAACCUUGAUAGAGCGGAAGAGCUCUGGUUAGAGAUGAAAAACGUAAAAGGACUUAAAGAAACUGAGCAAUUCAACUCUCUGCUCUCGGUAUACUGCAAGGACGGUUUGAUAGAGAAGGCAAUUGGUGUAUUCCGCGAGAUGACAGGAAACGGGUUUAAGCCUAAUUCCAUAACGUAUAGACAUCUUGCUCUUGGAUGUGCUAAAGCCAAACUGAUGAAGGAAGCUCUCAAAAACAUUGAGAUGGGUUUGAAUCUAAAGACGAGCAAAAGCAUAGGAAGCUCAACGCCGUGGCUGGAGACGACUCUAUCGAUCAUAGAGUGUUUUGCAGAGAAAGGUGAUGUAGAGAACUCAGAGAAACUGUUUGAAGAGGUGAAGAAUGCAAAGUAUAAUAGGUAUGCGUUUGUGUACAACGCUCUGUUCAAAGCUUAUGUGAAGGCUAAAGUGUAUGACCCUAAUCUGUUCAAGAGGAUGGUUCUAGGUGGAGCUAGGCCUGAUGCUGAGUCAUACAGUUUGUUGAAACUUGUCGAACAAUAUAAGCCCUGACACAAUCAAGUCUGCUCCAAUUUUUUUGAUUGAUUGGAUAGUUAGUGACUUGUGGGUUUAAGAAGUUGUUCGUAAAAGUAUAGUUUAAGAAGUUGUUCGUAAACUUACAAUUAAAAAUCAGACUUGAAAAAAGCAAAAGUAUUAUUAGUUAACCCAACAUUUCCCGCAAGAA